UGCCUUCAUCUAGUCAAUCUUCACAACUGACUAUAUCACCUUCGCCAAUGACUAUCCAACCUAAUCAUUCAUAUUAUACCCUUACAAAUUUUGACCAGUUAAUGUCAGAAAAUAAAACGCUUAAUAUUGAAUUACUAAAAAUUCAGUUAACAGCCGCCCAAGAAGAAUUAGAAACCUACAA